UCUACUUUCUGUAAUGCCAGUGCUAUCUUUCUCUUUAUUUAACCCAUCAUUUCUCAUUUCCUUAACUUACUAAACUUCCUACCAUCUUCUCCCUCUACCUCCAACUCUCCACUGCAAAUGUCUCUGGUCUCCAUUCAAUCUCCAAAACACUGCGCCACCAAAGCAACCCUAAUCAACAUCAACACUCAUCUCUACAGAAAACUAUUUCUUCUCUUCUCCACACUUUUCACCACCCUUCUCUCGUUAAUACUCGUCGUCUGGAUCAUCCUCCGCCCCGGUAAGCCCCAGUUCUCCCUCAAAGAAGCGCAUAUUUACCAACUCAACCUCUCCGGCCCCAACCUGCUCAACUCCUCCAUCCAACUCACCUUGUUUUCCCAGAACCCUAAUGAGAAAGUUGGCAUUUACUACGACGAGUUGCAGGCGUACGCUGCUUAUAAGGGUCAGCAGAUAACUGUGGAGACCACUCUUCCUCCGUUUUAUCAAGGGCAUAAAGAUAGUAAUCUGUUGACUGCUUCUCUGAUCGGCGCUGGACUUCCGGUGGCUUCUUCGUUUGGUUUUGAGGUGGGACGAGACCAGACUGUCGGGAAGUUGGUUGUUAACUUGAAGGUGAAUGGAAGGCUCCGGUGGAAAGUUGGGACUUGGGUUUCCGGACGGUAUCGGCUUAACGUUAAUUGUGUUGCGGUUAUGGGAUUUGGACCUGAUCUUCCGGCCGGACCGCUGAGUUUGAAGCAGGGGACUCAAUGUUCUGCCACUGUCUGAGUUGUUAUUUGCUAACAAUAUUUAUACACUAUAUGCAGCAGCCUGUGAGUUCAUAAUUAACUGUUUAUUUGUGCUUGCUACGUUUUAAUAUCAAGUUUGUGUUUAAAGUGUUUUUGCUGCUCUCUAAUUCUGUUCUGUAAAUAAUAAGACACGGAUUUAAUUUAUAAACUAUAGUUAGUUUCAUUAA